ACUGUACUACGUGAAUUUACGUGAAUUAGCUUUCAUCUUUCAACAAUUCUAUAGUGAUCGGUUAAAGCGGUAGUUUCUUUAAAUUUGAAAAUAAUGGCUUAUGCGGUGGAUAAUUUGGUUCAACACAACAUGGGUCCAGUUAAUGAUAAUUUAGUUCCAGAUUGGCUUCAUUCGGAACAAAGUACAGGCACAUCAAUUAUGGCUUGUGAAUUUAAUGGAGGUGUUGUGAUUGGAGCAGAUUCUCGAGCAACUACAGGGGCUUAUAUCUCCAAUCGCUUUGCUGAUAAAUUGACCAAAAUCACAGACUACAUUUAUUGUUGUCGGUCUGGUUCAGCAGCAGACACUCAAGCUAUUUCAGACAUAGUCGCAUACCAUUUAGCACUUCACAAAAUGGAAUUAGGCAUGGAGCCAUUAGUGGAAACAGCAGCAAAUGUAUUCCGCGAAUUGUGUUACAAUUACCGGGAUUCUUUAAUGGCUGGAAUCUUGGUGGCAGGAUGGGACAGCCGUAAGGGAGGUCAAGUUUAUAGUGUCCCCAUAGGUGGCAUGUGUGUACGGCAACCAAUUUCCAUUGGGGGGUCUGGUUCGACGUAUGUGUAUGGUUACAUGGAUUCUCAGUACAAACCAAACAUGACAAAGGAUGAAUGUGUCAAAUUAGUUGAAAAUACAUUGGCAUUGGCGAUGUCUCGUGACGGUAGCAGCGGCGGUGUCAUUCGAAUUGGUGUUAUCACGGAACAAGGAAUUGACAGAAAAGUUAUACUGGGCAACGAUUUGCCACGCUUUUAUGAGGGUUGAACAUCUUUAUGUUCAGAUGUUAUUCAUAAAUUAUAUUGUAUAGCACCAAAAAUCUUGUACCGAUUAUGUCGAGUUUCUUAAUUAAAUCUAAACAAAAGGACACCUA